AAGGACGCUUGUCGACCUUGAGACCGUUAAGUGUUAAAUAUUUUCUAUUUACUGGCUGCUUCUCGUUCACGUCAAAGUCCCUCAUUAUUGUUGGUUGUACAUAGUACUCAAUGUAAGUGCAUGCUGUGAGUUUUGAGGGUUCAGGGACUCAUCUGCCUCAGAAUUCGGGAUCUUUAUUUUUGCUUGCAUAUUUGUUUUCUGGAUUACUUCCUCGUUUUCGUAUACAUUAGUUCAGAAACACUCCAAAAUAAAACUCGACUUUUCGCUCUUCUGAAGAGAGACAAAGCAUAGAUUAGACAUAAACCUGUUGACGUCUAAAAUAUAUUUGCUAUGAUAUGCGACGAGGCUUUCAUAUCUUCGUCUUUAGAUAACAUGUCAAGCGAAGACGUAGUCAGUUCCUGGCAUACUGACAUACAACCCGCAGUCCAGCAUCACAUCGACCUUAAGUCAAAAUUGUGGUCAAAAGAAAUUCAGUUGGAUGUUUGUGAUAGAUUUAGUCUUUCAACACUUCUUGAUUUUAUGAAUAUGAUUCGAAAUUUGUCGUCUACUCACAUAAAAAAUAAUCCUACAUCAUCUGACUCACCAGUGGACCACACUUACUUGAGUCUCCCUUCCAGUGUUUGUUUGGAUAAAACUUCACUGACAUUGCAUUAUCCUCUCAGUGAUUAUGGCUCUGUACACGAUAUUCUUUGUAAGAAAGGGGGUGGUUUGAACGAAAAACUGGUAUGCGCCAUUAUGGGUCGAGUAGUAUUGUGCCUUGACCAAUUGCAUAAUAGUGGUUUACUUCAUCGAGGUUUAUGUUCGAAACAUCUACUUUUCAAAAAAACGUUAGAUCCCAACUCAAAGUCUCAUAAAUUGAGUGUGGUUCUCUGCGGCUUGGGAAGUAUGGCACAGCUACCACCAUCCUGGAGUACUGUGGCGCGAAACGAUCUGCCCUUCCUUUAUGUUGCAUGGCGUGGUUGGAGGUUGCAUGAAUCGUCAGGCGGUGAAUCAUAUAGCCAUCCAGUAGCAUGGUACAGCCCGGAGUUGUUGGCACAGGAUUUUACUGGAUAUUCGUGGUCUUCAGAUAUAUAUAGUUUAGGUCUUAUUUUGUACGAAAUGUUCACUGGUCAACCACCAUAUACAGGAUGUACUCCUUCUCUUAUAUUCCUGAAGAAAAUGCUCCAGCUAGAUUUCCCUCAACUUCACCAUGAAUCAGUUGGGGGGUUGGUGUGUAUUAUAUUUCGGACACCAUCCGUUUCAACACGGAUUCUAAAUGGAGAAAACUAAUCAUAAACAUUCACAUUCAAUCAAAUCUUCAUAAAUUGGAUACCAAUCAAAUUUAACAGUAGUUGAACCGUUAACACUCAAUGUUUCACUGGGCUUUUUUAUUUACUCACUCCCGAUUGUAAUAGGUACUUCGACGUGAUAAUUUGGACUGCAUAUUGUAAUAACCGAAUCAAAUCAUAGACUGGCUGGAACACUCAGCACCUAUAAGUUCCACUAUGUCACUCAAGUCGGUUGAAGAGCAACAAGAAUAAAAUGGGGUAACGUGAGAGUUAAGAGCAAAUUUUGAUCAACUAAUUUAUUCAGUGUAUAUUACUGAUUAGAUAAAAAAAAAACUAUAAUGAUGAAUGCAGAAAAAGUAUCUAGGUUUUAAUCUAGUCAUUAUUUUCAAUAUGAAUCAUGGUGAGGGAGAUUGGAAAACGCAACAAAUAUAAUUUAGUUAAACUGUAUUUUUGCCGACAACAUGAGAUCAUGGAUCAUACAAAUUGAAAAGAUACCGGGG